GACUCAAAUGACACUCUUCAUUUUUCCUUAUAACGACGCUGAUCAUUGAUCGAGAACAAAAGGAUUUGUUUGCCGGACUGGCCAUAAGAUUUGGGCUCCUAAUAGCUGUCUAACACAGUGUUUGGCAGUGAAGCACAUCACAGCGAUGAAGGGACAAACACUGACUCUGACCUGUCCUAUCAAAAACAUUAAUGGGAGUGACCAUGUAGAAUGGAGAAAUCCAGAUGGCUUUCUCAUGUUUUUUAACAAGCACAGAGCCUUGAAAGACAUGAGGAAUGAGAUUGUAGCCUUAACCCAGUCACAAUAUUCAGUUCGCAUUUCUGACAUCACAUUCAAAGAUGGAGGAGUUUACAAAUGUCUUCAUUACAGUCAUCGAGUCAUGACAAAAAGAUAUAAAGUAGUCGUUCUGAGUGGACCAGUGCUGGAGAAGACAGAACAUGAGGAUAAAACAAUUAUUAAAUGUUCAGCGUCAGCAAAUGGUCAUCCACCCAGACUCUCAUGGCUUCUGGAGAACGGCCUAGAGAUGGAAGCUCAGCCAAAUUAUGUGUUGGAAAAUACAUCUAAUAAACACACUGCAGUUAGUCUCCUCCAUGUGAAGAUUCAUAAAAGAAGAGUGACAGUGAAAUGCCUGGCCCAGCAUCUGGCUCUACGUGGCUCACCCCUGAUAGAUUUUGUCCACAUAGGAAAUCAAGGUGAGGAAACAUCUCCCACACCAGGAUAUAUAAGCACUACUACAGAAAAAGUGGUCACUCCUACACUUGUCCCGCGUUUCAGCAGUACAAGUUUUAGCAGUCCAACAUACAGCAGCGGCCAUUUAGAGUCGGGAACCACAGAAGGACAGAUGACUGGUGUCAGCGCCACUUCAUACAAUAACACAAUGGCAGUGAAUGAAACCACAGAAUCAGUAUCUGAAACAACAGAGGGCACUUCACAGAAUACUACAACAGACUCAUCCAACAGCACUUCUGGAGCUGACGUUGGGAAAAAGGACCCUAUACAAAACAAAAAGGGGAAUUCGGCCCUGCUGGUGCUUCUGGUCACAUGCCUCAUCUUCUGUCUGAUCGUGGUGCUCGCUUUCUUCUUGCUCCGUCUUAGGAGGGCACAUUUGGCCUGGAAACAAGAGAAUGAAGAAACCGAUCAGUCUGUGGAGAGCAGCAGAUCAAAAUCCAGCAAUGAAGAGAAGCAGAAACAGAACCAACAACAGAGAGGACAAGGCUUUUGUAACACCAACUUCACAAAGUACAAAGUGGAGGAAGCAGCGCAGAGCGAGGCAGGGACGACACCCGGUGCUGUGGAAGUGCCUGUCGAAAAACCACAUUCGAAUAACACUGUACUAAGAUCCUGCAUCAGAGAGACUGAACUUUAAAAUAUGUGGGAGUUUUAUCCCAAAGUCUUGAAUACAAAAGAUGUUGGUGGUGCUUAAAUAUUGAUAAUGUUUUUGGGUUGCACAUUUUAUAUUUUUGUAUGUUUGUUAAGACAGAAUAUCUAUUUUUGAUAGUAGAUGUAUAUUUUCAUACGGUUGGCAAUAAAUAUUUGCUUUUUUCUACAUA